CACACACACACACAAUUCCUAAUGUAAUAUAAUGUAAAGAUGUAAUUAUUCAUUUAAAAAAGGGAGAUAUAUUCAAAAGUCUGAAUUAAAGUUUAAACUUUAAUAAAAAUUGGAAUCAGUGAUAAAUGACUGUAAUAAGAAUUAAACACUGCAGAACGUGCUGUUAUAAGAAAAUCAUCUUCAUAUCAUAUUAGAAUUCCUGUUUUAGUCUUAUUGUAGAUAAUAAACUGUUCAUCCUAUUGUACAGAUUUGCCUCAAGUAAUCAUUAUGACAAAAGUGGAUGAAACCUGCCCUCUGGUUAAAGAUGACCUAAGAAAGGUCUACACCAGCAAGAAGAUCAAAGAAAAGAUGCAGGAGUGUAGUGAUCUGCUGGGUAUUCCACUGAGCAACAUCUUCCCUGUGAAGAACUAUCAAGAGGAGGUGGAUACGAACAAUGACAUGGAUGUUCUGAUCCUCAAGGCACUCGAUCAGAUCGUGAAUCUCACCAACGAUGCCCUGGAAGACCAAAACCCUAGUGAGAAAUCUGAGUGAAGGCUGAUUUUGUUGUUCUUGUUGUUCUUUUCCACCCCUACACCAGUGCAGAGUAUUUAUGACCGUGAAAAAACAUGAAAUUGUGUCUAAAGUACAUUAUUAAAGUAAAGCUAAUUUAUUCUACUGUAAUCAUAACUGGUUUGUGUUUCUGUCGCUGUCACGUUCCUACCGCACUCUGGACUUUUUAUAUUCCAUUAAAUUAAUAAAUAUAAUGAUGUUUGGUCCUACUUCUUUUUUAAGAUUUAUACCAUUACACUAAACAUGUUUUGACAAAUACAAAUAACACAAACACAAGUAAUGUACAAUACUGUUUCAUAGUUCAUACAUAAAUAUGCAGGACUAAAACAUC